AUGGCUCCUCACUCUUUAAUAGCGGGCCUGUUUGGUGCCCUUCUCUUGGCUGGUUCAUCCCAGGCCUCUAUUCUGGGUCAACGGGUUUCUGAUGUUUCCGAUGCGGGUGUGCCUCUGUUCAAGAGCGAGACAUUCCAAUUGACAGAGAAGUCGCUUCGCUCUUUGAAGUCAAGCCAGAAAGAGCUAUUUGGAUUCCAGAGUGACAGCACCAGCGCAAACGCUGACGCCAGUGGCAAGUGCAGACUCUUGCCAGGAGACAAGGCAUGGCCUUCUGAAUCCACCUGGUCUGAGUUGGAUAGCGCCUUGGGUGGUGCACUCAUUAAGACUGUGCCCCUGGCUGCAUCUUGUUAUCCCUCAUGGCCUGAGUAUGACAGUGCCAAGUGCACAGAUGUUGGUGAUGACUGGGAAGUCUCCUACAUGCAUGCUGCGGACCCCGCAUCUAUCAUGUGGCCUCUAUUCGAGGGUCGCAGCUGCUUGCCCACUAGCAUGAACACUUCAUCUACCUGUACCAUCGGUGGAUACAGUAGCUAUGCUGUCAAUGUGAGCACUGUGGCCCAGGUCCAACUUGCAGUGAACUUUGCUCGUAACUCCAACCUGCGAUUGGUUGUCAAGAACACCGGACACGACUUCAAUGGAAAGUCCACUGGUGCCGGUGCUCUCGGUGUCUGGACCCACAACCUGAAGGAGAUCGAGUACAUCGAGGAGUACAACGGCGCUACCUACCAGGGCGCAGCCGUCAAGCUGGGUGCUGGUAUUCAGGCGUUCGAGAUCUAUGAGAAGGCUGAGGAGCUCGGCUUCACUGCUGUCGGUGGUGAGGGAAAGACUGUCGGCGUUGCUGGUGGUUAUGUCCUGGGUGGAGGUCACUCCCCCAUGUCCAGUAUGUACGGUCUUGCCGCUGAUCAGGUCCUUGCUCUGGAGGUCGUCCUUGCCGACGGUACCUUCACCACCGUAACUGAGGAGACCGACCCCGAUCUCUUCUGGGCCAUCCGUGGUGGUGGUGGUGGUACCUUCGGUGUCGUCACCUCCGUCAUCUCUCGCGUCUACCCCAAGGUCGGCGUCACUGUGUCCACCUUCACCUUCACUACUGGCACAGACGUCUCGGCUGAUACAUUCUGGGAUGGAGUCCGCGCAUACUUCUCGCGCUUCGCCCGGUUCGCCGACGCCGGCACCUACGCCUACUUCUGGAUUCUGAACCUUGGCGAUGACUCUUACGAGUUCAUGAUGAACCCCUUCUUCGCUGUGAACCACACUGUCGCUGAAUUCAACGCUCUCAUUGAGCCCUGGGUCAGUGACCUCAAAGAUCUCGGUAUCACCGUUACCCCCAACUCUACCUACUACGACUCCUUCUACCCCGGCUGGGAAGCCGGAUUCCCUCUUGAGGAGAUUGGUCUCGUCACCAUGAUGACCGGAAGCCGACUGUUCCCUCGCGAGAACUUCGACGCCAAGCUCAACGAGACCGUCGAGGCAGUCCGUACCACUGUCGGCCUGGGUCACUCUCUCCUCGCCUUCAACAUGAAGACCGAGCUUCAAGACGGAUUCCCGGACAAUGCGGCAAACCCGGCAUUCCGCGAAUCUCUCAUGCACGCCAUCACCUCGUCUACAUGGGAUAGUAACUCUACUACCGCGGAGAUUAACUCCACCAUGUACGACCUUACCUACAACGUCCUCGACACAUGGCGUGCUACCUGCCCCGAGUCUGGCGCAUACAUGUCCGAGUCGGAUAUCCUGGAGCCCAACUUCCAGCAAGCGUUCUACGGAACCAACUACCCACGUCUGUUUAAGCUUAAGCAGCGUUAUGACCCUGAUGGUGUCUUCUAUGCGCCUACUGGUGUUGGUAGUGAAAACUGGAAUGUGGAAAGCCUUGAUGGUCUUCCCGAUCAGAAUGGCCGUCUUUGCCGGGUUUAA